AUGUUGAGUGAUGAUUUCGAGGAGUUGAUAGAGCAACAUUGUCCAGAUUUUCCUUGGGAUGAACUUCGAUUACCGAAUGAUAUCCGACCCGAUCACUACAACAUUUCAAUCCAUCCCGACAUUGAUGCGGGCCGUUUAAGUGGACAAGUGGCCAUCGAUUUGAGGGUUGAGAACGAGACGUCGGUCAUUGUUUUGCACGCACAUCGCCUCAAUCUCUCCUCUUUUUACAUUAAUGUAAACAAUCGAAAAGUGAAUGCGGAACAUUCUGAGUGCGAUGUUCUACAGCAAUGGGCAUUCACGCUUGACAAGCCGGUUGAAGAGAAUGAUGAGAUCGUUCUGGGCAUCGAAUAUGACGGAUUGAUGUUGGCUGAUAUGCACGGUCUCUACAUCAGCACGCAUCACUCAAAUAAUGGAAAGAUUUGACUCUACAUUGAUGUAUUCGAGAAAAGCGUGAAAAUGUCGACGUAUCUUUUGGCUGUGGCAGUGCUCGAUAAUUACGAUUACAACAAGCGACUUACGAAGACCACGGCUGAACCGAUUGAGGUCCGUCUCUACGCUUCCCGUGAUGUUCUCAAAGGCCAAGCCGAUUUCGGUCUUGAUGUAGCUACAAAAGCUUUAGAGUAUUUCGAAGACUAUUUCAAUAUCUCUUAUCCACUAGAUAAAGUUGAUCUCCUAGCACUUGAUGAUUUCGCCGAAGGAGCCAUGGAGAAUUGGGGUCUCAUCACGUUUAGAGACUCAAGCUUGUUGUACAACGAGAAAACGAGUGGCGAGUUGAGCAAAGAACACAUUGCACUUGUCAUUUGUCACGAGAUUGCACAUCAGUGGUUCGGGAAUUUGGUGACAAUGGAUUGGUGGAAUGACUUGUGGCUGAAUGAGGGUUUCGCCAAUUAUAUGGAGUACAAAUGCGUGGAUCAUAUCUUCCCGAAAUGGAAAAUUAUGUCCCGUUUCUACGCGGAGAACGCCGGAUCAGCGAUGGAGCCGGAUGGCUUGAGCUCAUCUCGACCGAUCAACGCCGGUUUAGAGAGUAACACGACGAAUAUCAUGUCUCUUUUCGACGCAAUCUCUUAUCACAAGGCGGCCGCGAUCAUUCACAUGCUGCAGGGAUUGGCUGGGGAAUGGUACUUCCAGAAGGCUUUGAUCGAGUACCUCAACAAGUACAAAUACGACAAUGCGAAAGGAGAGGAAUUGUGGAGAAUUGUGGAAAAGCACGCUUCAUUGCCACAUGGAGUCACCGUCGAGUCUCUCGCUAAAGCAUUCACCACACAGGUUGGCUAUCCAUUGAUUCAAAUCGGUUUGGUCAAUAAUGAUGAGGAGAUUUUGGUGCACAAUCAGACACGAUUCCUCUUUGAUCGAGAUCACAAAAAGAACGAUAAAGAUGGAGAUAAAGAUGGAGAUGGAGAUGGAGAUGGAGAUAAGGAUAAAGCUAAAGCUAAAGCUGGAGAUAAAGCUGGAGAUAAAGAUGAAAGCGAAGAAGAUGAAGAGGAUGAAAAUGGAAAGGACGAUGAUGACAGUGAUGAUGAAAAAGAGAAAAAGGAAAAGAAGAAAAUGCAGAAAAAAGGAAGGGGAAGUAAUGAAGAUGAGGAUGACGAGGAUUUGGAAUGGCCGAUCCCCGUGCAUUUCAGAACUGAUGACAAAGGAGAACCACAGCUGAAAUGGUUGCGACCGGGAGAGCAAAAGGUACACUGGCGCCUUGACUCUCCCUCAAAAUGGGUGAUCGCGAACUCCGGGGGAAUCGGUUACUUCAAAGUGCUCUACGAUAAGAAAAUCUAUCGAGAGUUGAAUCGACAACUGAAUAGGGAUCAUUCGGAAAUCUCAGCAAUCGAUCGAACGAUGCUAAUCACGGACGCGUUUGAUUUCACAAAAGUCGGGCUUUUAGAUAUUGGCACGUAUAUGGAUAUGGUACAGUAUGCUGAGGAUGAGCGUGAUCGAAUGGCUUGGACGAUGAUCAGCCAACAAAUGGAAUCGAUUGAGGGAUUGAUUGAAGAAACGGAUUAUAUUCAUUUAUUUAGGGAUUUCCAACGAUCGUUGGUGGUGAAAGUUUAUGAGGAACUUGGCUGGGAUGAUGGGGAAAGUGACGAGAAGGAGGAAAGCCCAUCUCGUCGUGGUCUCCAGCAAACAGUUCUCUCAUUUGCUUGCCGUUUAAAUCACGGCGAUUGCUCGAAGAAAGCAAUUCAACGAUUCAAUCAAUGGGCUGUAUCGAAGAAACCGGUUACCCCCGAACUUCAAGACAUCAUUUUCUCCGAAGGAAUCAAGCACGGAGAUUCAGCUCUAUGGGAAAAGGCCUAUACCGCUUUUCAAUCAGCCACCACACCAAAAGCAAAGCAAAAUCUAAUGGAGGGAAUGGCGGCGACAAAGGAUCCAAAACUUGUGAAUCGAUUACUCCGAAUGACUCUCGACUCGAAAUCGAUCAAGGCGAACACGAUUCACUGGGUGUUGAGUGCGUUGGCGAAGAACGAACUGUCGAGGACGGCGGCUUGGCGAUUUUUCCGUAUCAAUUACGACGAUUAUGAGGAGAUCCUCGGCAAGGGCAGCAAUCUCCUCUUCGCCUGUAUCCGCGGUCUCGUCGACAAGACGAGUACAAAGCACGACUUGGAAGAGCUCAAAGAGUUCUUGGAAUCGAAAAAUUUGGAAAAUAAUCGAAGCAAAUUGGAGCAACUCUUCGAGAAUAUUGAGGUCAACAUCCAAUGGAGAGAGCUCAAUGAGGAGAAAUUGGAGGAGUAUCUCCGAGAAUGGGACGAGCGUCGGCGGCGUCUCCAUCGGCGACACAAGCAAUUCGAGGGAAAAUUU